UCCGCCGCGCUAGAAGCGGAGAAAGCCAAAGCAGGCGAACUCCUGAAGAGCGCCGGGGAGUCCCUUACAGACGAGAAAUCGAAAGAGGAGCCCUCCGAGGAGCCGAAAGCGGCGGCCGAACCCCAUGAGGAAGAGAAGAAGGAGGAAGAGAAAAAGGAGGAUGCUUCAGAAGUGGAGUCAAACUGGGCUGGUCUUACGUGGGCGCAAGAGGAAAUAUGCACAUGGAAUACGGAAGAGCGGUCUUCGGCCAAGUUCUUCGAACUCUAA